AUUUUGAAAGUGGAACCCGAGCGGGGGGAGGGGCUGGGCCAGGAGAGGAAGCCGGGCGCGGGGGAAGCCCUGGGAGCCAAGCCGCCUUGCCCGCUCCCGCCCCCGGACGCCAUCCGCCGCCAUCCUCCCUCCGCGCUCCGCUUCAGCCCGGGACGGGGAUAGCACCGGGAAGCUGAGAGGCCGCUUCAGCCCGGCCGGCCACCAUUGGGAGCCCAACAUGGCAGGAGCCGGAGGUGGCGGGAAUGACAUUCAGUGGUGUUUUUCUCAGGUGAAAGGGGCUGUGGAUGACGAUGUAGCUGAAGCAGAUAUAAUUUCUACAGUAGAGUUUAAUCAUUCUGGAGAAUUGCUAGCAACAGGAGACAAAGGCGGUAGAGUUGUUAUCUUUCAACAAGAGCAGGAGAACAAAACGCCAUCUCACAGCAGAGGAGAAUACAAUGUUUACAGUACCUUUCAAAGCCAUGAACCAGAGUUUGACUACUUGAAAAGUUUAGAAAUUGAAGAGAAGAUCAACAAAAUUAGGUGGUUACCCCAGAAAAAUGCUGCUCAGUUUUUAUUGUCUACAAAUGAUAAAACAAUAAAACUAUGGAAAAUCAGUGAACGGGAUAAAAGACCAGAGGGCUAUAACUUGAAAGAAGAAGAUGGGCGGUAUAGGGACCCUACUACAGUCACAACAUUACGGGUGCCAGUAUUCAGGCCCAUGGAUCUCAUGGUGGAAGCCAGUCCACGAAGAAUAUUUGCCAAUGCACAUACAUACCACAUUAACUCUAUCUCCAUCAAUAGUGAUUAUGAAACAUACCUGUCUGCUGAUGACCUACGGAUUAACUUGUGGCACCUGGAAAUUACAGACAGAAGUUUUAAUAUUGUAGAUAUUAAGCCUGCCAACAUGGAAGAACUGACAGAGGUGAUAACGGCAGCAGAAUUCCAUCCAAACAGCUGUAACACAUUCGUAUACAGCAGUAGCAAAGGAACAAUCCGUCUUUGUGACAUGAGGGCAUCUGCACUCUGCGACAGGCAUUCAAAAUUGUUUGAAGAGCCAGAAGACCCUAGCAACCGAUCGUUUUUCUCCGAAAUCAUCUCCUCCAUAUCUGAUGUCAAAUUCAGCCAUAGUGGUCGAUAUAUGAUGACUAGGGAUUAUCUGUCCGUGAAAAUUUGGGAUUUAAAUAUGGAAAACAGACCUGUGGAAACAUACCAGGUACAUGAAUACCUCAGAAGUAAACUUUGUUCACUUUAUGAAAAUGACUGCAUUUUUGACAAGUUUGAGUGCUGCUGGAACGGAUCAGACAGUGUCGUCAUGACUGGCUCCUACAACAACUUCUUCAGAAUGUUUGAUAGGAACACAAAGCGGGAUAUCACUUUAGAAGCAUCUCGGGAAAACAAUAAGCCCCGCACCGUCUUAAAGCCCCGCAAAGUCUGCGCAAGCGGCAAACGGAAGAAGGACGAGAUCAGUGUCGACAGCCUAGACUUCAACAAGAAAAUCCUCCACACAGCCUGGCAUCCCAAGGAAAAUAUCAUUGCCGUAGCCACUACAAACAACUUGUAUAUAUUUCAAGACAAAGUGAAUUAGAGCUAGUGUUCCUAGCAGAGGAGUCCACUUCCUGCAUAGUUCAGAUAGACGAAUCUAGCAUUUGUACCCGUAAACAAUAGAGGGGAGAAAACAGAGUGCGGGAGAGCAAGAGAGAGAGAAGUCCAUUGUGGCACAUCUUUCCCAGUAUUUAAAAAUGUGCCAUAUUUGACAACACACUCUUCUAGAUAGCUAUGUGGAUGGUUUCUCUCUGUUGAGGAGUUCUCCAUGUCUGCUAGCCAUUUAGGUGAGGCUAGGGCACUUUUUAAUACAACGACUACUUGCACCAUCUUGCCUAAUGGACUAGAGCUUGGACUAUUAUCAAGAUUUGGUUCCUCCAGUUUUUUAUGCCUUCCAUUGUGAUGACGUCUGCCACAGGGAAAAGCCUUCAAGUCAUGCUGUGGGAUUUAAUUGUGUAACCUCAUUACUGUAUUAUUUGUGGCCCUUUUUUAUUAUUAAACAACAGCUCAUUCUUGCUGUGGCUUGUAGCAUUCCUCCUAUGCCUCCUGGACUCCUUUCCCUUAAAAAAAACCCCCGUUCCCCUCCCCUCCGCCCCAUGGUGGUGGUGCAUAGAGAAAAAAAAGUGAAAAGCACAUAAAAUGGGUCAAAGGGGUCUGUGUUGCAAAGAAUAAAAUGUUUUUAAUAAACAAUUGACUGUAAUCACUCUUUGCCAUUUCUGGCAUAAAAAAUAAAAUCCUAAAGGGUGGGGGUGGGGAUUCUACUGAAUAAAAGUGACAAAGAAUGGUGAAUCUGUUCUUUUUCCCCUUUUUAAUCUACCUCUUUAUAUAUGAAUUUCUUUUUUUAUUAUUAAAAAUAACUUGACGCAUGGUAAAAUGUUUUGGCAUUGAUUUUAACCAGUAUUAUUUUUCAUUAGGAAAUGGAGGAAGGGUUGUUCUUUUUAUUCCUAUAUGAAAAUGUUAAAAUGUCACUUUAGUAUUUAAGAGCAGUUUGCAUUUUUUUAAAAAAAACAACCUCUUGGAUUCUAUUGAACAGUCAUUCAUUCAUUCAUUUCAUAUAUUGGUAAAUGCUUCCCUUUCCCCCUCUUUCCUCUGUUAACAGAGCUCUUUGUCUGAAUUGGGGAGGGGGGGUUGAACUUUUGUAGACUACAAUUAAGGUUUUAUGGGACUAACCUUUUUCUUAUGUUAACCCCUUUGUCCUAAUUUUAUUGAAUGCCUUGUUUAGGAUCCAGACUCACAUGACAGUGCUUUCUUUUCUUUUUAAAAAAGAUGUCAUUAAAAUUUCUUGUUUUUUAAGCAGUACGUCGUGCAAAAUUUAAUAUAAAGUGAUUUAAAUAGAUUUUAAAAAUUAUACUGCAUUGAGUAUCCCUAUAUUUUAUGUAUUUCUGUUGCUACUGGUAACUUGAAUGGAAAUGUAGUUUUACCUUAUGAGUGUUCCUUUUUUCAUUUGACUUUUCGAAACUCCUGCCAUUAAAGACAAACUUGAAAAGUCA